AUGGCUACAAUUCCAUCAAAUGAUGAUUCGUCUGCCUCUGAAUCAGUUUCUCUGUCCAUGCCUAGACGUUUGAGAUCACCACUGGCUAAAGCAACGACAUCUGUGACAGUUAAUUCUUCACAUAUACAGCAAAACAUCCCAAAUCAUUCUGGUACCUCUGGUGGAUCUGAAAGUGUACCCAUUGUUCAGGAUGAUCUUCCACAAUGGAGCCAAAAUUUCAGAGUUGAAGCACUGCCUAAUUUUGUGAAAAAAAUUGGCCCUGCAGCUGUUUCUACAGAGAUGUCAUAUCCAUCGCCACAUAAAAUAUUUUGUGAAUUUUUUACUGAUGAAAUGGUAAAACAUAUUACAUUUCACACCAAUUUGUACGCCACACAAAAAGGAAAGCCUUUCAUCCCAACUACUGAAGAUGAGAUAAGGGUUUUCUUAGGCAUCAAUUUAUUUAUGAGUGUCAAAAAAUUACCAAGUUAUCGAGAUUACUGGUCUUCAUCUCCAGAUUUAAAUGAGGCAUAUAUAUGUGACUUGAUGACUGUAAAACGAUUCAGUUUUCUCCUCAGUCAUAUCCAUUCAAAUGACAACUCGAUGAUGCCUAAAAGGGGACAGGCCAAUUUUGACAAGCUUUUUAAAAUAAGGUCUCUUGUUGAAAUGUUGAAUAAAAGGUUUGCACAAUGCUAUCAGCCUCAUCAAAAAGUAGCAAUUAAUGAGUCAAUGGUGAAAUUUAAAGGCAGAAGCUCAAUGAAGCAAUACAUGAGGGACAAGCCUGUGAAAAGAGGCUAUAAAAUAUGGAUGCUGUGUGAUGACUUGGCAUAUAAUUUGAAGUUCCAAGUUUAUACUGGAAGAUUAGCUACGGAGAAGUCUGAACUGGGACUGGGUGCACAGGUAGUAUCAGAUUUAUGUGAAGAACAUUAUGGCAAAAAUCAUAUUGUUUUCAUGGAUAAUUUCUUCACAUCUUAUAAUCUUUUUGUCCUACUAAAAGCCCAGAAAACAUCUGCAGUUGGAACUGUGAACCCUGCGCGUAAAUUACUCCCAAAACUGAAGGAAGAUAAAAAGAUGAAACGAGGGGACUUUGACAGCAAAGUCAGCAAUCAUGGCGUAGCAUUUUACAAGUGGAUGGACAAACGAGCUGUGAAUUUGAUCCCCACUAUGCAUGAUCCUAGUGACACCACAAGUGUAAAUAGGAAGGAAAAUGAUGGAUCAACUACUGUAGUGGCAUGUCCCCGUGUAUUGAGUGACUAUAACAGGAGCAUGAAUUUUGUUGACAAUUUUGAUCGUCUAAAAAGGAGACUAUGGUUGUGA